AUGGCUGCUUUACAUUCAUCACUUUGGAGAAUGGUCGAUCUCCAGGUUCUACAGUCGAACUUCGUAAGGGUGGAUACAGGGCUUAGGUUGCCACAAGCACUGAGGACUGUCGUGGCUUGUGGUCGAGCAAACGUAAGAUGCAUCAUAUUCCAUCCCAGCUUGCAUAUGAACGAUGAGCAGUUGAACCUCAUUGCUCGAGGAUGUCCUCGUCUUAAAAGGCUCGUCCUGCCCUGUAUGGAACGCAUCAGCAAAGCUGCAAUAUGCAAUGCCAUAAAGAACUGGAGAGGAUUGAAAUCGAUUACCGUGCCUGACAUGGCUUCUCCCCUGCACACCAUCCAGACGAUAAAUAGGUCCUGCAAGAGAUUGACUGAGCUAAAGGUCAUGGGUUCCCUCCACGGUGAAUUCGCGUCAGCCAUCUCAAUGUACCUCCGUUUGAAGGUCUUGAGCUUGCGGUGUUGCACCGUGUCCGCAGCAAGUCUAAUGUUAAUAUGCAUGUGCAUGAAGCAUCUUGAGGUGUGCAAUCUAUCCCAUUCCCUGGUGUAUCUCAACGAGGGAUGGGAAGCCAUGCCACUAAAGAAAUGGAUGGAUAACAUCGUAGGCGAAUUACUGGUGGAGCAGGUCGAGCAAAAUUCAAGUUUGAGAAGCUUCAUAUACUGUCAAGACUACGAAUCAUGCAGUGCGUGCAGGAGGAUGAUGAGCGGUGAAACGAGGCUCCAGAAAGAGUGGCGGCGGGAUGAGGUGAAUAGUUUCGACUUGGAUGAAGAUGACGGCGAUGUUGAUGCUAUUGUAACAAGAGACGACCGCAAGAAAGUACGGUAA